UAGAACUUCUCUGUUUACGUUUACGAUGUUCCCCAGUGGCGAUCCUCUUCAAACGCACGCAAUCUUGUACGCAAAAUGACCAUUUCAGAGUUCUUUGUACUCAUCUCACAGCGUUGACGGGCAUAUCAUGACCAUGUCAUCUAAACGAGUGCAGUUUGACGAGAUGGAAGAGGAGCUCCUUGGAAAGGAAGGAGCGGAUGAAGGCGUCAAGAAAAAGUUUAAAAACUCCUUAGACAGCGAUGAGGAGGAUGAUGAAGUUGAAGACAAAAAGUACAACUUGCUUAACCCAGAUGAUGUGGAAGGGCAGGAAGACAAAACAAUCGAGUAUGAUGGAAACAUCAAAAUCACCCCGUUCAACAUGGAAGAUGAAAUGGAGGAUGGCCACUUUGACAAAGAUGGCAUGUUCAUCUUCAAUAGAGACAAACCAGAGAUACGCGAUAAUUGGCUCGACAACAUUGACUGGGUCAAGGUGCAACCUACAAAGCAAGUUGCAGAGGACAGCAGAGGCACGGAAGAUUCCGAAGAUGAGGACAGUGUGGACACCCUGGCACUUUACGGAGACAUGCUGGAGAUCAUGCAGCCUGGCGAGACUGUGCUGUCCUGCAUCAAACGCCUGGGAGGUGGCAAGCGGGACUCGACAAUAAACCGCUGGAAGAAGAAGAAGCAGGAGCAAACUGAGCCAGAUAGCACCAAGGAUGUGGCGCCCAAGGAGAGCCUCUUGCGAAUGACGGAGUUAGCCGACCGGCUGGUGUCAACUGGUGACAUGGACAUCUACCAGCAGACAUACGAGCGACUCAAGUUCUUGCGAGAACACAAACAACAGGCUAAAGAGGCCAAGGCAGCCACUACAGCUGUAGAGGGGUCUUCCUUCGACAUGUUUGCAGAUGAUGCCGACAGCACCCAAGCCACUGAGCCAUCACCCGCAAAAAAGGAGAAAGCCGGAACUGAGAGCAAGAGUGAAGGUGCAGAACCAGUGAGCUCAUCAGUAGGCGAUGAUGAAGUGAUGUGGGAGUUCAAGUGGGAAGAGUCUGACGACGCUCCAGUGUAUGGACUGCACACAUCAGCACAGAUGCUGCAGUGGGUGCAGGAGGGAUACUUUCAAGACGGUGUCUGGGUCCGAAAAGCGCACGAAACGGAUCGUCCAUUUUACAGUUCAAGACGGAUAGACUUUGAGCUCUACGUUUGAAGCACUGUCUUGCAGAACAGUGCAUUGAUGGACACAGUGUGCAUUGUAUGGCCCCUGCAGUUGCUUUUAAAUGUUGAAGUUGAACAAAUGCAGUCAAUAUAUGUAGUGUACAGGUUGAGAAUAUGGCCCGUAUAACAAAAGGCUUGCUAUGUCCGUUAGAGAAUUGCAACACUGCAACAUCCUGGUAUUGUGUGCUUCUGCAGACAUCUGCAUGUUGAAGCAUCCAAAGUUCUGCGCAGCAUUUUUUUUUCCCCUUUUCAGCACUGUUGUUCGUUAAUGUGCAGGAGCCAAGUACUGUCUUGGCAUGAAGCCAUUGGUGGAGCACUAAGGAGAAAUGUAUUUUGCUCAUUCUCACUGUUUGGCAUACGCUGCACAUUGGUCUCCAUCCUCCCACAGUUUGCAACAUAUCCCACUUGCGCUUGCUUUGCCAGUGGUAGUUUUGUGAGAAAUAGUCAGAAUGAAAGCAACAGAAAUCGUAGCCCUUGUAGUUACACCAUCACUUCACUGGUACAUCUGUAACGGCACAUAAACAAAUGCACACAUACGAGACACACAGCGCUUGUAUGACUCAUCUUACGUGUCCACUCGUUUAUGCACUGUUUUAGACGAUCGUGAAUAACCACUGAGCCCAAAUUACCACCCUUGUGAAGUUCUCUCAUGUACUAACACAGAGUCGUCUGCAUAUGCAGAUGUGGUAAUCGAUUGAUAUCUUUCUGUAUGCCUUUACGAUCGUGCUAAUUGUAUUGCUAUCUCAUGCAGUAGAAAUGUUGCCACAUGAAUUGAUGUUGAAGUUGGCACGUAUAUGGGGCAUCAGUGAACCCAAGUUUUCUUUUGGUUUUGUAACUACUGAUGUUGCUUGUCUUUAACAUCGUGUUUCGGCAAUGUUUAGGGCUAGCAGUCAUGUGGCUUGAGGGUAAUUGUCUAAAAUUCGUAGUUUGUGUUUGGUGUACUCUGUGGCACUCCAACAAUCACUGUAACAUAUCUUAUAGAGGGCAUUUGUUUGUGACUUUUAUAUAAGCUGCUGUCAGUUGGGUGUCAUCGAAGCCACUUCUCUUGUAAUGUCAUACAAGCUUUAAAUUCAUGUUGCAUUGUGCUAAGCAACUUAUCGAGAAAGAAAAAAAUGGCCGGUGUGAUCUUGUUUCCCCCGCUUUCAAAUCGUUAUAUUUUCUCAGUGUCUCACAAUGUUUCGUGAUGCACUGUAAAAGUAUACAUACUUUGUCAAAGCCAUUCUCUCUGACUGCAAAAGGACAGCAGCACGUAAGUGGUAGCAGUGCUAGUGUCCGUGGAGCUUUGUGGGAUAUUAAAAUAGCAUUGCUUUAGUGCCUGAAGUUGGAGUUUCGUAAACAUUCGCACUAAUGAGCGUAUCAUGUCCCAGUGAUGCUGCUGGAUGCAAAUAAAAACAGUGCACAUCUUUU